CUUCUCAGAGGAAACGUCCUCCUAUAAUCUCUCAACACCAGCAAAGGUUGGUGAAGCAUGUGUCUCCACCGACCUCCACCUCUCCCUCAUCAAACACCCUGGUCUGCUCCCACCGCACCUUCCUGCUCUCAGACUAACAUUCCUUCUGUCCCUGCUCCUAAAUCUGCUGAGAGCAGCAGUGAAGAGACACAACAGCAUGCAGAAGAAGACUCCAACCUGGGAGAAGGAUGUGAGCCUUUUAUCAGAAUGAAGGCGAUCCCAGCGAGCAACGCUCCGCCUUCCUCUGGUCCUCUAAAACUCUCCACCACAGGUUCCUGUGAGAGGAAGGAAAAGUCCUGCAGCAGGUCCCGUUCAAGCAGCUUUCCCUCGCCCACUCAUCAACCUUCUGCAGAAAGCAGAGCCCUAAAAAGAUGUGGAAGUUUCCCUGCCGGGAACCUAAGCAGCAGCUUUGAGGAGUUCACACCUGCCUGCACUGAUGAGUCUGCUGGUGAAAGCUACAGGUUCCAGUGCUCCCGUCCAGGUCAGUACCAGUGCAGAGAGACGGCUCUGGUGUUUCACAUGAAGGACGGAGGCCAGCUUCUGUACAGGAUCCUUCCUUGGAGCAGGAGCCAGCUGAGCCCACAUCACAAGAAGCUGCAGGACCCCUGUUUGACAUCAGGUGUGUGAAGGAGGGGUCCAUGUGUCAGCUUCACCUCCCUCACUGUGAGAUCCGCUCCACAGGGGGAUGUCGCUUCUUGUCGGUCGCUCACGUGAACGAUGAUGUCAUCGAGUUCAUCAGGACUCAGAAGAUAACAGAAACUCAUGUUGUCAUAAACAGGCUGAAAAGAAGGAGGAUCUGGUCGGUAUAUCGUUACCUUCCAGCCUUCCAGCUUUUAUCCUGAACGGAUGCUGAUGGAAACCCACUCAUCUGACUGUAUUUGGCCUUCAACUCAAGACGCUUUCUGUUUCCAGGGUGUAAUGUGUCUCCAGCUGCGUCUUAAUCUUGUUA